AUGAGCAUCCACAAUACCCCGCACAUGCACAGCAAGCGGCCGCCAGGGCCAGCCGGCCCCGAGCCCCAGGCCGCCAUGGGCAUGCCCCAGCACGGCUCCCCGGCGCCCGCAACACAGCCGCCGCACGUCGCCAUGAACAGCGCCCGCUGCGUCUCCGACUCCAACGUUUCCAGCCCCCGCCAGCUCUUGAACGCCUACGUGUACGAGUUCUUGGUCAAGAGCACGUUGCCCGACACCGCGCGGCUGUUUGCCUUGGAGGCCGACCUCCCGCUGGUGCCGCUGGGCCAAGCGCAGCAGGCCCCGCAAACGUCGCCUGCCCUCAUGGGCCGUGCGGACGCCGCAGCCACCUUGUUCGACAAGGACCCCGGCCCCGCAAGCCUGGCCUCCGCCACGCCCCACACCCCGGCGCUCUCCGUGGCCCAGUUCGCCGAGGACCACAAUCUCCCCGGCUUGGCCCUCCGCAUGGAGGCGCCCCAGGGCUUCUUGUUGGAGUGGUGGCAGGUCUUCUGGGACGUGUACCAGGCCAAGAACGACCGCGGCCCGUCCUCGGCCGCCGCCGCGCAGUACCUCCACAUGCAGAUGGUGGCACAGCGGCAGGGAAACGAGCCGUUCCACUCGGCCUCUGCGCCCACGCAGCCCCCGCAGACCAUGCUUGCGCCCACGGCCGCCCAGCCGCCCAUGGCCAACAUGGUGCCGCACGGCGUUCCCGGGCCCCUGGGCCCCGCGCCCCAGAUGACUGUGCACCACCAGCAACAGCAACAGCUCCAGCAACAGCAACAGCUCCAGCGCCAGCUCCAGGCCCAGCAGCCGCCGCCCAACAUGGACCCGCGCCAGCAGCGAUACAUGAUGCAGAUGAUGAUGAAGCAGCAGCAGUUUCAACAACAACAACAGCAGCAGCAGAAGCAGUUCCAGAACCUCCAGAACCAGCCUCUGCAGCUCCAGGGCCAGCCACAGUUGAACCAGCCCCCGGCCCAGGGCCCGCCGCUACCCCCACACACCAACUUCUCCCACAUGCAGCAGCAGCACAUCCAAUUACAACAUCAGCAGCAGCAGCAAACGCCGCACCAAACGCCUCAACAAGCCCCGCUCCACACGCCACCCCAUCCGCAGCACCCAGUCCCGCAGGGCAUGGACCAGCCGAUGAAUAACAUGCCAAUGAACAUGAAACUGCAGCAGAUGUUCAUACAUCAGCAAGGCUUGACCCAGGCGCAAAACCGCAUACAGCAGCAGGCGCAGACGCAAAUGAACAAUCUCAGGCAACAGGCCGUUGUCUCCCAGCAGCACCCGGGCCAGAACUCUACUGCUGCCGCUGCUGCGGCCGUCGCCGCCGCCGCUGCCGCCGCUGCAAACCCUCUUCCCACAGACGGCAACAGCCCGGUCAACAUCAACGGCCAGCGGAUGAACCAGAUGCGUACUCGCCCCAUGCCGUCCCAAAACCUUGCCGCGGCGCAGGUGCCUUUCCAGGGCAAUAUGGUCAACGGUGCUGCAAUGUCUUCCUCCUUCGUUACAGGUAACGCACCAGGACCCGGACACAACAUGCCAAUGGGGAAUGCUCCAAUGGCCAACAACGGACCGUCUGGACAGAACUCCAAUGCCUUGCAGGAUUAUCAAAUGCAGCUUAUGAUGCUUGAACGGCAGAACAAAAAGCGUCUUGAUAUCGCGCGAUCCAACGGCACCUCCGAGAGCCCCGGUCCCAUGCAGCAAGUCCAACAGCCGGUGCAGAUGAUGCCUCAUCAACAAAUCAAGGCGCAAGCCAGGCCGUCACCGCGCAUGCAGAGUCAAGUCUCGCCGGGCGCCGGUGGCACGAAAACAAAGAAGGAGCCGGCAUCUAAGAGGAAACAGAACGCACCAACCAGCGCAACCACACCACAGUCUGCUGGCACAGACGUUAAGGGUGUUGUGAACGGGAGAGGAGCUGCCGGUGGGCAGGUCAAAAGAGAGCGGCCCACACCGACUACCGAGUCCGAGGGAGCCAAGAAAAAGAAGAAACUAGACAACGGUGAUUCUCCAAAGAAAGCAGCGAAGCACGCUCCGGGCGCAAAGAAGGAGAAAUCCACUCCGAAAGUCAAGCAUGCUGAGGAGCCGAAGCUGGACACCGUCAAUCUCGAUAUGGCAGAUGGCAAGACAUAUGACCAUUUUUCUACGAGCAAAGUGCCCCCUUCCAACUCAGCCUUAUUCCAACCAACUCUUGGGAGCGUCGAGAUCAUUGGAGGAGCGGCUGGACCGGCGGGCAAUAACGACGUGAACUUCUUCAACGCUGGGGUGAACUCCGGCAUUGACGAUAUCGACUUCGACUUUAAUCUGUUUCUAGAUGGCGGGGAUGAGGGCUUGAACGAUAGACUUUCGACUUUCAGCUGGGGAAACCCUAUCGAGGGUGAUUGA